AUGGAUGACUAUGGCAGUGGCGACUCAGGAGGAUCAAACAGUAGCUAUCGAAAAAGGCUCUUAGAACAGAGAAAGUACGGAAAGACUCCUAGUUCGGCCAGGUUAUCGGGUGAAAUAUCUAUCAUGCGAGCUGGAUAUGAGAAUGCAAUGGCCAAUCGAUCAUCUACUUUACCAUAUAAGCGACGUGGAAGUUGGCAUGUUGAUCGAGAAUCAAACUUUUCUACUCUGGAUUUAAAUAAUUCACGUAAUCACUGGAGUAGAUCUAGAUGGAGAAGCUUUAGUCCAGAGCGUCUGGUAGUAGAUACGACCCAUGAAGGUGGUCCCCCUGCACUAGCCUCAGAAACUAGAUGUCUUCGUUCUCAAAGUCUUCACAGUAAACAUCUUCGAGAACUGGCUAAGUCAACAGAGCAAUUGUCGACAGGAUUUCUGGACAAUUAUAAAGGGAUUGAAACGUCUUUCGGUACAUUGCGCGCUAGGUUAGACGCUGCUUCGAGCCAAGGAUCUGGAUUUCGUAGACAAGCUUCGGCAGAUCGAUUGUUUGGAAGAGAUCCCACAGCUGAGCAACUUAGACGGCAGUGUGAACGAGAGCAUCGCCGUUUACUGAAGAGUCUAAUGUCAGACAGUUGGGAAAAGGGAAUGGACCGGCAGUCCAAACCACCCCAACAAUAUUUCAAUCAAACUCCAGGUGUCGUCCUUCCAGUUCAAGAAGCCACUCUCCUUACUGCCCCUCGAACAACCAAUCCUCUUACUAACCCAAAUCUUGAGAAGCUUCUUAGAAAUCCUACACUGAUGCAACUUCUUGCCAACCAUGCGGCUCAGACUCAUCAGACGCCAGAUCAAAAUAGUCUAGCUGAUCAAGUCACCUUAGCAGCAGUUGCUGGAGCUGCAGCGGCAACUGCGAUGGCAAACUUCACAAACCCACCAAAUGAACAAUCCUCCUACUCAAACCUUCCCAUUCAAACCCCAUCUAAUAGAGAUGAAUACGACUGGAAUGAUCCUGAAACACUAAUGGCAGCUUACACGGCCCUUGCAGAAGCUAGUGGAGGCGAGAAAGCAUUUCUGGAACAACUUUCACCCGAAUUGGCUGCCACUCUGGUUCAUUAUCGAGAACAGUUGUCGGAGAAGUUAUCUGCUAACGAAGGUGGAAAGAUGCCAGUAGCGUCGGGUGCAACAAUUCCUGUUGCUACUUCAACUGGAACUAUGACUUCAGUGAAUAACAAUUCUGUAUUUACUGAUACUGGAAAUCACCACUCUGGUGUCAUGCUUGAAGAUGUUUCACGUCAUACGGGAAUGGAUAAGGAUAUAGUGGGAAAUGGAUUCGGAUUGAAAAUUGUCGGUGGACGGCAAAGGCCAGAUGGCCGAUUAGGCAGUUACGUGGAGCAAAUUCACUCAGGCGAAACAUUGGGCUACCUUCAUGGCGAAAUAUCUGAAGGAGAUGAAGUACUUGAGUGGAACGGCGUUGUGCUAACAGGGAAAGGAGCCGCAGAGGUUCAAUCGAUUGUGGAUAGUCCGGCAGAUGAAGUGGAACUCUUAGUUCGAAUGAAUUUCCUCAUCAUACGUGUUCACGCCGAAGUCCAUGCGAGCCUUCACGGUGGCAAUGGUAGUAUCAGCAGUUGCGUUCACCAGCAUACCUGUCAACAAUCACAACAAGGAUCCAGAGGACCUCCCAUGCACACUUGUGAGGUGCAUCCCAUGGGACCCGCGUGUAUUCACAAACAGCAGCAACAGCAGCAGCAGCAGCAUGUGUGUCGAUCAGCCGACUGGCCAACAAAGGAUACACGCGGCCCCUACGCCCAAAGAGGCGUGAUGGAUCAACAGACACCCAAUUCACCGCAGUCUGAACGGAAUGCAAACGAGACUUUAGCCAGUCCUUCUACACGGACGGGGAGUUUUUCCCACCGACAGCAGCGUCAUGUGGUUCCGACAGUGAAUAUCGCCGACUUUGAUGUUGCUGGAGAUAGAAGUGCACCGGAUACCAUCUCACACAACAGUGGAGGUCAGACAAAUGACGAUGGGAAUUUCGUAAAUGACGAGGACGAUUCCGAGCCUUAUGGCGAAAUAGAAGUAAAUGAAAAAAUAGUUUCCCUCAUUGAAAUUCUUCACCAUAUGGAUUUGAAUCGACAAAUAAAGUACAUCACCAACACUCUCGAGCCGGAAUGGCAACAGACCGUGGUCUUCAUUAAUUGCCUGAAGAGGACUCUGAAGAAACGUGUGCUUGAAGUCACCGUAUGGGACUUUGAUCGGCUCAAAAUGAACGAUUUCAUGGGUCAAGCUAUCAUUCACUUGGGAUCCAAAGAGACCCUGGACGGGCAACCUCACUGGUAUCGGCUACACGCACUUCAAGACAUCGUUAUCCCCGGAUAUCGUCAACCAGGCACACGAUCGGUCGCUCCUCCAAUUACUCAAAGUGACCAGAUCAAAACUAUCAAGGUCGUUCUCACGUCUGUAAAAUAA